GCAGGCAGUGGGUCCUACGCAGCCUGGCCCGCCCGGGCGACUGCGCACGGCUCAUUUGCUUAAAUUUGCACCUGUCGGCUGCCACCUUCCUAUAGGUGCCGCCUGCAAGUUUCUCAGCAUCAGACCACGAGUGGCCAGUUUGGGGACAAACAGCUACAGCUAUGAACUACCCCUUAACCCUGGACAUGGACUUCAUCAUCAACUACAACCUGGAGGACCUGGAACUAGGAAACUACAGCGACAGCACGGAGACCGCCCCCGUGGAAAACCACGUCUGCUCGGCGGCCGAGGGGCCCCUCCUGACCUCCUUCAAGGCCGUGUUCAUGCCCGUGGCCUACGGCCUGGUCUUCCUCCUGGGGCUGACGGGCAACAUCCUGGUGCUGGCGGUCCUGGAGCGGCACCGGCACACGCGCAGCUCCACCGAGACCUUCCUGUUCCACCUGGCGGCGGCCGACCUGCUGCUGGUGCUCAUCCUGCCCUUCGCCGUGGCCGAGGGCUCGGUGGGCUGGGUCCUGGGCGCCGUCCCCUGCAAGGCCGUGAUCGCGCUGCACAAGGUCAACUUCUACUGCAGCAGCCUGCUGCUGGCCUGCGUGGCCGUGGACCGCUACCUGGCCAUCGUGCUCGCCGUCCACGCCUACCGCCACCGCCGCCGCCUCUCCGUCCACGCCACCUGCGCCGCCGUCUGGCUGGCGGGCUGCCUCCUGGCCCUGCCCGAGCUGCUCUUCGCCAAGGUCAGCCAGCCCUCGCGCAACACCUCGCUGCCGCUCUGCACCUUCUCCCAGGAGAGCCGCGCCGAGGCCCGCGCCUGGUUCACCGCCCGCUUCCUCUACCACUUCGGCGGCUUCCUGCUGCCCAUGCUGGUGAUGGGCUGGUGCUACGCGGGGGUGGUGCGCAGGCUGUGCCAGGCCCAGCGGCGCCCGCAGCGCCAGAAGGCGGUCAGGGUGGCCAUCCUGGUGACGAGCGUCUUCUUCCUCUGCUGGUCGCCCUACCACGUGGCCAUCUUCCUGGACACCCUGUCCCGGCUGCGGGCCGUGGGCGGCAGCUGUGCGCUGCGCGGCUAUCUGUCCGUGGCCAUCACCGUGGGCGAGUUCCUGGGCCUGGCCCACUGCUGCCUCAACCCCGUGCUCUACACGUUCGCAGGGGUCAAGUUCCGCAGCGACCUGUCGCGGGUGCUGGCCAAGCUGGGCUGCGCGGGGCCCGCCGCCCUCUGCCAGUUCCUCCCCGCCUGGCGCAAGAGCAGCCUCUCCGAGUCGGAGAACGCCACCUCCCUCACCACCUUCUAG